AUGGAGUGUGUACAUUUUAAAUCAAACUCCUCCUUUAACAAAGUGUACAGAAAUUGUGCAAUUCCAUCCAUUGGAGAACGAAAGUCAUUGCAAGGUUUUUUUAUAAAUAUUGAUCCAACAACUGCGAUUAACAUUAAAAUUGGUACAAAUGUCAGGAAUGUUAAACAGAGUCAAGUGCGAAAAGUGUGUACGGAAUCAUCAAAUAUAGUCGAAAAAACUACAAAAUAUUACGGUUCAGAAAGUACUGAAGAGCAUAUACAUACUGAAGAAAGUAUCAAAGGUUAUUGGAAUGAAGCACACAGCACGCCAUCGCCAAAAUUAGAAGUAAAAUCCAAAAUUGUACGACCACUGUCAAUAUUAAAAAUUAAUCAUCCACCAAGUCAACUGUUGGAAAUUAUACCUACAAAGAAAGUUACAGCUGAGGAAGACUUUUACAAAGAUUGUCUGUAUGAUGCUGAUUAUUUUGAGGAAAAUUUUAAGUACAUCCUUGAAAGGGAGAAAUAUUUUGUUUUUAGAAAAGGGUUCUUGCAUGAAACUUUUGAUGUUAAACGGAGGAUGAUUAUGGUCAAUUAUUUAAGCGAUGUACAAAGCCAAUUUAAUUUAUCACCACCUGCUUUUUUUGUUGGAAUACGUAUGUUUGAUUGCAUGUUAGCUACUGGAACAAUUCCUUCCGAUAUUUACGAUGUGAUGGGAAUUACAUGUUUAUGGCUUGCUAAUAAGCACUUUGAAGUUGAUAUUGUGGAAGUCUCCCAACUAAUUCGUUUGCUUAAUGGAAAGUACUCUAAGGAGUACAUUUUUUUGGCAGAACAAAUGAUUUUAAAAUUACUACACUUUGACACAAAUAUUGUCGAACCAACUUCUUUCUUGUUCUAUUUCUUAUGUAAUGAAAAAUUGGAAACUGACUGUAAAAUUCUAUAUAGCGCUAUGUUUUUGUUGGAAAUGUUUACCCUACUAAUAGAUUUUUCGUCGUUGAAACCAUCAGAGUUGGCUUGCAUAUCAUUAUAUUUGGUUCUUAGAAAAUACGAGUAUAAUCUACAGUGUGUUUCUCUUCUUAACUACAUUGAUGAAGUUUUACUAGAUAAAGAAACAUUUUUAAUAAAAUCUUACGAGCUGAGAUAUUCUCUGGAGCGGCUAUUACAUCAUAGAGCUGCUGAACCAGUCGUAAAAAAGUAUUCAUCAGCGAAAAUGUAUUUUGUUGCUAAAAAUUUUAUAUUUGGAUGA